UAGAUUAUUCAUGCUAGCACUUAGUAAGCCUCGAUAAAGUUUCAGCAUGAUUACUCUUUACGACCUACCGUCCAAAGCAACCUAUGCUCCGGGAACUAUGAUGACCUGGCGCACUAGGUACGCCCUAAACCUCAAAAAUCUGCCCUACCAGACUGUCUACGUCGAGCUACCUGAUAUCGAAGCCCUCGCUAAAAGGAUCGGCGCCGCCCCCACCAGCACGAAAUCCAACGGUGUCUCUCAUCUCUACACCAUACCCAUCAUUCAAGAUGAUUCUACGGGUGCUGUCGUCUCCGACUCUGCCGCCAUAGCAGCCUAUCUCGAUAAGACAUACCCUUCCUCCGGGCCCGUGCUCUUACCUACCGGGACGAUGACCCUACAGCUCGCUUUUGCCGAUGCAGUCAGUGACGCCUUUGACCAUCUCCGGUUGCCCCUCUUUUAUUCGGACUUGGUGGUGAAGACGAACGCCCGGACGGCAAUUUAUAUGAGAGAAAAUUUAGAGGCUCCGGAGGGCGAAGAGCGGAAGAGGUUGUGGGCGAUUACGAAAGAGAAGCUGGCAAAGAUGAACAAAUGCUUCGAAGAGAGUGAGGGUGACUUUGUUAUGGGGAGUGAACCGUGUUUUUCAGACACGGCGCUUUGCGGGUUUUUGUGGUUCAUGAGGAGGGUGGUUGGAGAGGAGAGUGAAGAGUGGAAAGCCUUUGCUUCUUGGAAUGAGGGAAGGUGGGCAAAGCACUUGGAGAAUUUCAGGCCGUACGAAAAGAUUUUGUAGGCAAGGACGUCCACGAACGAAUACCAAUGAGCUACACUUGCAGAUUCUUUCUAGCGACUACCACGGUGUGAUUUUUUCUCUGAGGUUGUUGCCAGUUGUUCUUCGAAUCUCACGUCUAGUUUCAUCCUCCUUGGAAGGAUCGGUGUACCUCGAAACUUCCGUCGCGCACCUCGCUUUCCCUGGUGAUAUGCAUGGCAAGGAAAGCUCAUAUUAGUGUGUCAUAUUCUCAACGAACAUAGUCAAGAACAUGACGAACUCCGACAAAAUGGCUUUGCUGUUCAGAUCUGGUGCGAUAUUGUGAAAAGCCAUCCUCUUUGUAAUGAUUUGCACGCUCUGAACCUGGAUUGGUCUCGUCUGCAGACAACUAAAGCUCCUCGCUUCCGGGAAAUUAACACGAGAAUUUCGGACUUUAUGUAUCUCCAGGCUCUUGCGCAUUCAGUUGGCUUUUAGCAUUGGUAGUGUCAGGUAGGUAGGGAGGUAACCACGUUAACCCU